CCUCUCCUCUCCCCCCAUUGUCCACACGCAUAAACAAGCAACCAACACCUACUCCAUCUAACUAAUUGUACACCAUCUUUAUAUUUACACACACACAAACACACCUCCAUCUCCGUUUCCAUUUCAUCAAGAGGCAAAGAGGAGGAAGAGAGCAAUCGAGCUACCCCCAAUCCAUUAGCAUAUACUCACUCACUCAAGCUCAUCAAAGGUAUCAUCAUCAUCUUCAUCAUCAUCAUCAAGAGAGGCAGGACAGGUUAGCUAGAUAGAUAGCCAAAAGAGAGAGAUUCAGUCUGUACAUCUUUGAGAAGGAAGAAUCAGAAGCAGCAGCAGCAAUGAGCAGUGGUGGUGGCUCCUCUCCAACAUCAUCCCCUUCUGUCUGCUCCAGAUCAUGGUCUAUCAGUGAGGAUUCUCUGAAGAGGUACGUGAGCUACGCGAGCGAGAGCUGCAUCCAGGAGCUCCUCGCCGCGUCGGACUCCGGCGCCGGCCAUGGCGGCGACGGCGGCGGCGGCGGCGGCGGCGGCGACGACGGGUGGAAGGUGCUGGCGUACUGCAACGGCGUGGAGAUAUCGAAGCGGCGGGCCGGGGCGGCGCACGUGUUCCGGAGCCGGUGGCUGCUGCACGCCGUCUCGCCGGGGAAGUUCAUGGCCGCCGCCAACGCCGUCGACGCCGCCAAGCAGUGGGAGUCAGAGCUGGUGGAUGCGAGGUACAUCAAGGAGCUGGGCGACGACCUGAGCAUCAUCCACCUCAAGCUCGGCGACGCCUCCAAGCGGCCGGCGGGGCUGUCCCGCCGGCGCGACGUGGUGGUGUACGAGCGGCGGCAGACCAUGGACGACGGCACGCUGGUGGUGGCCGUGGCGUCGCUGCCCAAGGAGAUCGCGGCGGGCCUGCUGCCGCCGGACGCCAGCUCCAGGGCGUGCGGCCGCGGCCUGCUGCUGCAGUCCGGCUGGGUCGUCGAGAAGCAGCCCGACGGCGGCGACCCCUCCUGCUGCGUCGUCACCUACGUCGUGCAGCUCGACCCGGCCGCCGGGUGGCUCCCGCGCUGCUUCGUCAGCCGCCUCAACAGCAAGCUCGUCAUCAUGAUCGUCGCCAAGCUCAAGAAGAUGGCCCUCGCCACCAUGCACUCCGGCGGCAUCAUCGCCGCCGACGACGAGGGCGACGAGCUGCCAUGCAUGAGAAAUUAAGCAGCUUGAUUAGCCUGAUGUGUCGUCGUGUUCGUUGUUACGUGCAGUAAAUACGAUUUUGUAGAAGGGUGAUGUCUUCACUGCUAGCCUUGGAGCUGCCAUGCCAUGCAUGAGAUCAGCGUUCGUCUCUCUCUAUAUAAAUAUAUAUGAACUUAAUUAAUUUCGAGAGAGUGUGAGAUCAAACUGUUGGUGUGUUCUGUAGUGUAUGUAUAUAUAAAUCAAUUACUGUACCUCAAUUUUGCGUCUUGCAGUAGGAGGAGAUAUCGUAUGUACUACGUAUCUGCAGUUUUGUCAAAUUAAAUGUGUCGCAAGUUCGUCAUGGAUCGAUCGAGUUUUAAUUAUGGUGAAGUCCGGUGCUCACUCUCGAUCGCAUCUAUGCGUAAAAUCAUAUGAAA